UCCCCCAGCCCUAUCGAGAUUCCCCUAAACCCUCCAGACGGCUGCAUAAAUUAAACACACUUCGCUCUCAGCUCAGUGCCUCACCUUCCUUAACCGAGAAGCAUAUUGCUGUCAAUUGGUCGAUGCGCCUGCCUCGGUGUGGGUAUAAAAGCGAAGCUAGCUGCUGCUAGUGCCAUAAAAAAGAGUGGAGUGAGUGGCAGCUGAUCUAUCGAGCUAGUCGGUGGCAAUGGAGGUGCAGAGGAGAGGCUGCGGUCUGGUGCACUUGCGAGUUGUGGUUGCCGCUGUGCUGAUGAUGGCGACGGGGCUGCGCGCGCAGCUGCGGGUAGGGUUCUACGACAACUCGUGCCCGGCGGCGGAGAUCAUCGUGCAGCAGGAGGUGAGCAAGGCGGUUGCGGCCAACCCGGGCCUCGCAGCCGGCCUCCUCCGGCUCCACUUCCACGACUGCUUCGUCGGGGGGUGCGACGCGUCAGUGCUGAUCGACUCGACCAAGGGCAACACGGCGGAGAAGGACGCCGGGCCCAACACCAGCCUGCGGGGCUUCGAGGUCAUCGACAGCAUCAAGGCGCGCGUCGAGCAGGCCUGCUUCGGCGUCGUCUCCUGCGCGGACAUCCUCGCGUUCGCGGCCAGGGACAGCGUCGCACUGGCCGGCGGGAACGCGUACCAGGUGCCGGCGGGGCGCCGGGACGGGGCCGUGUCGCGCGCGUCGGCCACGAAUGGGAACCUCCCUCCGCCGACGGCCAACGUCGCCCAGCUAACGCAGAUCUUCGCCUCCAAGGGGCUCACCCAGAAGGAGAUGGUCAUCCUGUCCGGGGCGCACACCAUCGGCGCGUCGCACUGCAGCUCGUUCAGCAGCCGGCUGUCCAGGUCGGGCACGACGGCGGGGCAGGACCCGACCAUGGACCCGGCGUACGUGGUGCAGCUGGCGCGGCAGUGCCCGCAGGCCGGGGACCCGCUCGUGCCCAUGGACGCCGUCUCCCCCAACGCCUUCGACGAGGGGUUUUACAAGGGCGUCAUGGCCAACCGGGGCCUGCUGUCGUCGGACCAGACGCUGCUCAGCGACAAGAACACGGCCGUGCAGGUGGUCACCUACGCCAACGACCCGGCCACGUUCCAGAGCGACUUCGCGGGCGCCAUGGUCAGGAUGGGCGCCGUCGGCGUGCUCACCGGCAACAGCGGCAAGAUCAGGGCCAACUGCAGGGUCGCCUGAUCGGUCGUGCAUGCCAUGGCACGCGAGUUGUAGAUUGAUUUGGACCGGACGUGGUAGCUUAGCUUAUUUGUGACUUGUGUAUGGUUGUGCAAGAGCACUGUAUUCUUUGGCUGAUCGAUCUGUAUUCUUUUCUUUACCCCCUGAGGUGUGUCUUUUGAGAGAACUGUAAUUAGAACUUAGCAGCAGUGCUUGUGUGCCAAAUGGUGCUUAAUUAAUAAGAAGGCGAAUUGUUUCGUAAUAAAA